CUACAAGUCGUUUUAUCAGAAAAAGAAGAAAGCUACAAGCCGUUUUUAUGAUUCCCCAAAAACCCUAGCAAACCAGAGGAACCACUUAGUAACGUAUAAAACGGUUAAUUUUCUCCCUCUUCUGCUGCGACCUGGGAGAAGAACAACAAUGGGCAUCGAUUUGGUCGCCGGCGGCAAAAGCAAAAAAACCAAGCGAACUGCCCCUAAAUCCGAUGAUAUUUACCUCAAGCUCCUUGUCAAGCUAUACCGGUUUCUGGUACGGAGAACCGGAAGCAACUUCAGUGCGGUGAUUCUGAAGCGGCUUUUCAUGAGCAAGAUCAACAAGCCGCCAUUGUCGCUCUCGAGGCUGAUCAAGUUCGCGCAAGGAAAGGAGGGAAAGAUCGCGGUGAUCGUCGGGACUGUGACGGACGACGUUAGGGUUCAGGAGGUGCCGUCAUUGAAAGUGGCGGCGUUGAGGUUCACGGAGACGGCGAGGGCGAGGAUUGAGAAGGCAGGAGGAGAGUGUUUGACCUUUGACCAGCUGGCUCUCAUGGCGCCUCUUGGUCAGAACACGGUUCUUCUUAGAGGUCCUAAGAAUGCUCGUGAAGCAGUCAAACAUUUUGGUAAAGCUCCUGGUGUGCCUCACAGCCACACUAAACCUUACGUGCGGUCCAAGGGAAGAAAAUUUGAGAAAGCUAGGGGAAGAAGAAACAGCAGGGGGUUUAGAGUUUAAUUUGCUUGAUAUUCGUUCUCCAUUUAUAGAGAAAAAUUUGUAUCAUUUCUCUGCAAGGAGCUUACUCUUCUUGCACCCUUCAUUUUUGUCUCAUCUUAUGCCAUUUGUUUUGGUUUCUGGUUGGUUCCAACAAAUCUUCGCAUUUUUUUUUUAAAUUUGUUUUGUCAUUUGAUUUCUUUUGGAUGCUCCCAAAUGCAUAAAAUUGUUGUGGAUGUUUUUGGCUAUA